AUGACGAUCUCAGCUUCACCAGUGCCGUCAACGAAACUGCAAGACAAGAGUAUAAACAAUACCAAUGCCACAUCACUAUCAAGCACAAACUCAAAUGAACCCAAGAGCAGCAUGUGGACAAAUUUCAAAGAUUCAUUCAAACCCCCAGAAUCAGCACCAGCCAAUCGACUCCGGGAAAAAGUGCCAACCAGCUCCAAUUCUCAAGAUGACAAUUCCCUUUCCAAAACCAAUAAUGGGAACAAUGACGACAUUGAACAAGGCAGCAUCCAUGCGCCUCUUAAACAAACACUCAAGAAAAGACAGUUGCAAAUGAUUGCUCUUGGAGGCUGUGUGGGGUCCGGUUUAUUAGUUGCUACGGGGCUAGCCAUCCAGAAUGGUCCCGCCAGUUUGAUCGUUGCUUGGACCAUCGUUUCCACUUUUCUAUACUGCACAAUGCAAUCAUUGGCUGAGUUGUCGAGUAGUUACCCAGUCUCUGGUUCAUUUGCCACGUACUCCGUCAAGUUUGUUGACCCCAGUUGGGGUUUCGCCAUGGGAUGGAACUACGCCAUGUUUUGGGUUAUUGUUUUGCCGUUGGAGUUGGUGGCUUCGGCAUUGACCAUCAAUUUCUGGAACUCGGAUAUUAAUAGUGAUGCGUGGGUGGCGAUUUUCUACGUGGUUAUUUUUUUUGUCAACUUGUGUGGUAACAAAGGGUUUGGAGAAACUGAGUUUAUUGCAUCCAUUAUCAAAUUGUUGGGGGUUGUGGGGUUCAACAUCUUGGCGAUAGUUUUGAUAUGUGGUGGUGGUGACCAAGGCUUUAUUGGAGGUAAGAACUGGCAUCCUCCUUUUACUACUGGGUUUAAGGGAGUCGUAUCUGUUUUGUUGACAGCAACUUACUCAUUGGCAGGAACUGAGUUGAUUGGGUUAACUUCAAGUGAAUCAGCCGGGGAUUCGAGAAAGAUUUUACCCAAAGCCAUCAAGCAAGUUGUUUGGAGAAUUCUCAUUUUUUACAUGACUACAUUGACGUUACUUGGAUGUUUGGUUAGCCCAGGAAACCCCGAUUUGGCUAGCGCUAGUGGAAAUGCAGCUUCCCCUUUUGUCAUUGCCAUCAAACAAGGGGGGAUCAAGGGGUUGCCUUCAGUGUUUAAUGUGGUUAUCUUGGUUGCUCUUUUAGCCAUUGCCAAUUCCGCCGUUUAUGGGUUCUCAAGAACAAUUUUGGCAUUAGCUGAGCAAGGCCUCGCACCAAAAAUCUACACUUAUGUCGAUAGAAAGGGAAGACCAUUGGCAGGUAUUGCUACUUCAGCAUUUGUGGGAUUGUUGUCAUUUAUUUCCGCCUCAAAGAGCCAAGCCGAUGUUUUUGCCUGGUUAGUUGCGUUAUCGGGAUUAUCUACUUUAUUCACCUGGGGAAGUAUCAACGGAGCUUUCAUCAGGUAUCGUAUGGCAAUGAAGGCGCAAGGAAGAUCAACCGAUGAUCUUGUGUACAAAUCAAACACGGGACUCAUUGGUGCUUAUUAUGGUUUAAUUGCAAACGUGGUCAUUUUGGGUCUUCAAUUCUGGCUUGCAUUGUUUCCUGUUGGAAAAUCACCUAAAGCUGUUACAUUUUUCAAAACGUAUCUUGGUGGUGUGAUUGUACUUGUCUUUUACGUCGGCCAUAAACUAUGGACAAGGAAUUGGAGGUUAUACAUUAGAGCCAAGGAUAUUGACCUUGACAAUGGUAAAUCGGCAGUCGAUAUCGAUUUGAUCAAGCAAGAAAUUCAAGAGGAGAGAGAAGAGUUGAGAGCAAAACCAUUGUAUUAUAGGAUUUAUAAUUUCUGGUGUUGA